AUGCGGUCAACAUCCGCUACCCCACCGCCUCCUCCCCGCACCUCGCCAGCCCAGCCGUUCCAGUUGGGGCAAGACGAGGACGACGACAAAAACGACUUUUCUGUGAUCAGCGUGAACAUCCGCAUACCCAAUAGGCAGUUGGGCACCCCCUCGACCAAGCCCGUUGCUACCAUCGCAACUUCUCCUUCGCCCAGCAACAAGCGGCGUGCGAGCGCUUCCCACGCCCAGCUCAGGAGCAGCGGCGGCGCUGGGACGCCGGAUGAGACGGCGAACGAGUCGGACAAGAAGCGAGGCAAAGAACACGCCGUCCACAAGGACGAGGACGAUGAGGGCACGGACGAGCGGCUCAUCAGCCGAGAGCUCAGGCUUGGGACGGCGAAGGGCGAGGAGGACAGGAAGGGCGCCGGCUCGACGUGUCCUAGGAAGCGAGAACGCAGAGUGUUCACGCUUGAAGAGGACAGACUCAUCGUCGAGCACAUCAUGAAUACCUUCGACGCCACCCUGGUGAAAAACGCCACCGGUCGCACCUGGGCCACCGUCAUGUAUCGCUUCCGCACCAUCCUCAAGACGGCGCUCAAGGGACUUCACGGGGAAGAGCAUGCUGUGUUGCCGGGCGACGGAUCGUCGGGUUCCAUCUUAUCGCCCGCCAAACGCUGA